GUUCUGGACAACGCCAUCGAGACGGAGAAGAUGGUCGAGAAGUACGAGUCUCUGGCCUCAGACCUGCUGGAGUGGUGCGAGCAGACCGUCAUCAUCCUCAACAACAGGAAGUUCGCCAACUCUCUGGUGGGCGUCCAGCAGCAGCUGCAGGCCUUCAACACCUACCGGACCGCCGAGAAGCCCCCGAAGUUCACAGAGAAAGGAAACCUGGAGGUUCUUCUGUUCACCAUCCAGAGUAAAAUGAGAGCCAACAACCAGAAGGUGUACACUCCUCGAGAGGGGAAACUCAUCUCCGACAUCAACAAGGCGUGGGAGCGUCUGGAGAAGGCGGAGCACGAGCGGGAGCUGGCCCUGCGGACGGAGCUGAUUCGCCAGGAGAAACUGGAGCAGCUCGCCAGACGCUUCGACCGCAAAGCCGCCAUGAGAGAGACGUGGCUGAGCGAGAACCAGAGGCUCGUCUCUCAGGAUAACUUUGGAUUUGACCUGCAGGCGGUAGAAGCUGCCACAAAGAAACAUGAAGCCAUAGAAACAGACAUCACCGCCUACGAGGAGCGAGUUGAGGCGGUGAUCUCGGUGGCGAGGGAGAUGGAGAGUGAGAAUUACCACGACAUCAAACGCAUCACGGCCAGGAAGGACAACGUCAUCCGGCUGUGGGAGUAUCUGCUGGAGCUGCUGAAGGCCCGCCGGCUGCGGCUCGAGAUGAACCUCGGGCUGCAGAGGGUCUUCCAGGAGAUGCUCUACAUCAUGGACUGGAUGGAUGAGAUGAAGGUACGGGGGGAAAUAUCUAUACAAU